CCUCACUCAGCCCUUCUUAACGCCCUGAUGGCGGCGGCGCUGCUCGCCUCUGCCGCCGCCGCUCCCCGGCCGGCACCCUCGCCUUCUCCGAUGGCCACCCCUUCACCGCCCUGGAGAUGGACCCCCAAUCCAAAGCCUCCCACACCUCCGACGUCGUCGUCUCCGGCACCGUCUCCACAGCCCACUCCGCCGUCGUCUCCGGCACCGUCUCCAUCUCCGACGACAGCCGUGGUCCCGCCGGCACCGCCAACUGCAGCCCCGGUUUCCCCACCACCGCAGACUCAGAGCCCUGCUCCGCCGGUGACUCCGCCGCCCGCUCAGGCUCCGGCUCCGUCGUGGAUCGCCGGUCCGCCGGCAGACGCACUGGCGCCGUCGAAACAUAAGAGCAACGCCUUAAAAAACCGAUUCUCGCUGGUCGGAUCAGUGGGCAUUGGAGCCAUGGCUGCUGCUGCUUUAUUAAUAGUUUAGAAUUUCAAUUUUCUUCAUAUUCCUUUAAUUUCAUCAAUUGUCAGAAUUCAAACUGUUCUUCCUUUUCUAUUUUAUUUUCCUUCAUCCAUGAAGUAUUACUUUCCU